UUACUUCUCCCAUCUUGCAGUGCGUGUGACUUCCGGCUAUUAGCAUCUCGUAUCCAAACUUACGACUUGAGUGAAUUUUUCUGUAAUUUGACCGUUUCCAUGCAUUGCUGACUUCACGGUUAUGGCAGCAUUAUUUGCAUGUACUAAGUGCAACAGCAGGCAUCCGUUUGAAGAACUCUCUCCCGCAGAUCAACUUUGUAAAGAAUGUCGUAAUGCUUACCCUACUGUAAAAUGCACCUAUUGUAGGGCAGAGUUCCAAAUAAAAGAUAAGGGAAAUACAAAUUCUAUUUGUAAGAAGUGUGCUCAGUGUGUCAAAUCCUAUGGAAAGCCUACAACUUGUGAAUACUGCAAUAUCUUGGCUGCCUUCAUUGGGAACAAGUGUCAAAGAUGUGCCAACUCUGAGAAGAAGUGGGGCUCACCUCAGACCUGUGAGCAGUGUAAACAGAAGUGUGCUUUUGACAGGAGUGAUGAGGCCAAGAAGAAGGUGGAUGGAAAACUCUUGUGUUGGCUGUGUACUAUGGCCUACAAAAGGGUGCUAGCUAAAGCUAAAAAGCAAAGGCAAGAAAAUGGACGUACAGACACAAAUUUGUUGUCCAGUGUAGACAGUCAGCAGAGUAGUGGCACACCUGGUUUAUUAGGCAGCACGGGUACACCUGCCGAUGUUAAGAAACUCACAGACAAUGAAAUGACUCCUAAGAAAGAGAAAUCCAGUAAAGAACCUCAUCAUGAAAGUAGUAGUACGAGUAGCAGUAAACAUCAUCAUCACCACCACCACCAUCAUCAUCGCUCUCACUCACGGGAUCAUAAGAGGAGGAGUAACAAUGGUGAGAAGGUGAAGGAAAACAAAGAUCACCAUCAUCAUCACCACCACUCUUCCCAUCAUCACAAACACAGUAAAGACAGCAAAGAUAACAAGUCACAUGCUGAAAAGUCCAAAACUCACCAUGGGAGUGAAAAAUCUCACAACCAAGAACAACAUGGAGGCAAGAAACCUAAAUUGGAAAGAAAUGCCUCAAAUGGUCUGACUCCAACAAAGAGUUUGUCCACUGUGGCCAGUACAGAUGACCAUGGCCUUGGAGACCCUGCCAGCUCAGACAACAUUGUGGCUCUGACGCAGCUGCGCGAGGAAGUGGAAAUGCUGAAAAAGCAAAUCCAGCAGAAAGACCAACAACUCCUGGAAAAGGAGAGGAAGAUGACUGAUCUGAAAGCUAAGAACUUUGAGGUGGAGAAGGAGUUGAGGAGCAAGAUUACCACCAUGCAGAAACAACAGGAGGAGGCCACUAAUCAGAUGCAGGCCAAGAUACGACAACUCCAGAAAGAAGUAACACAGCUUCAGAAAAAUAAAAAGAUAUCUUCUAGUGCUGUAUCAAGCCCAAUGGUUUAAAACUAGAAGUUGAUAAAGGGUGAAACAGAGACAUUUUAUUUUUGAUCUUUAUAGAAUUUUGAAAG